CGCGGCGCCGGCCCGGCGGGAGGACGAUGAAGCCGGCGAGGAAGGCCGGCGGCUCCUCCUCCUCUUCCUCUUCCUCCUCCUCCUCCUCAUCCUCGGCCCCCCGCGCCGCCCUCCCCCCCCCGGGCCGCCCCAGACCCCCCAAACCCGGCGAGGACGACCCCGCCCCUCCCCCCUCGUCGUCCCCCCCUUCCUCCCCCCUCCCCCUCCCCCUCCCCGCGGAGGACCCCCCCCCUCCCAGCCGCAAGACCACCACCUUCAAAUCCCGCGCCCCCCGCAAGAAACCCCCCCCGGCUCCCGGCGAGCCCGGAGACCCUUUGGGCGAGCGCGACCCCUCCUCUGGCGACCCCGGCGGCGGCAGCGGCUGCUCCAGCACCGACACGGCCAGCGAGCACUCCGCCGACGAAGGAGGAGGAGGAGGAGGAGGAGGAAGCUCGGGGGGGGCGUUCCAGACCCCGGGGACCCCCGGGGACCCCCCCGAGCUGGAGGCGGCGUUCCGGCGGCUCCGCUGCCAGCGCGUCCUGGCCCGGCGCGACGGCGUUUUCCGCCCGGCCGUGGUCAAGCAGCUGCGGCGCGGCCACGAGCUCGGCGUGCAGUUCGCCGGCGACCGCGGCGUGACGUUUUUGGAGGGGGGCUUCCUCCUGGGAGACCCCCCGGCCGUGGUUUUGGACGCCACCCCGCCGGCGGGCGCGCUGGGGGUGGGCACGGCGGUUUGCGCCCGCCUGGACCCCGCCGAGACGCUUUACCGGCCGGGCACGGUGGUGGAGGUGAGCGCCAAGCCGCCCUCGUACCGGGUGCGCUUCGCCCCGCCGCCCCCCGCGCCCCCCGUGUGGGUGCCGCGCUCGGGGCUGCGCCUGCUGCGCCCGCCGUGGCCGCCGCACGGCCGCGGGCAGCGCAACGAGGAGCAGGAGGAGGACGACGAGGAGGAGGAGGAGGAGGACGAGGAAGGCGCCCCGCGGCAACCGGAGGACGCCGAGGUCUCCAAGCUGAGCGCCGCCCCGCCGCCCCCGCCCGCCGCGGGACCCCCGCAGCCGCCGCCUCGCCCCGGGGGGGUCCCACCCGCCGGGGGCGCCCCGCAAGGCGGCGGCGGAGGAGGAGGAGGAGGAGGAAGCGGAGGAAGCGGUGGGGGGACCCCGCAGCCCAAAUACAAGAAGGGGGACGUGGUUUGCACGCCCAACGGGAUCCGCAAGAAGUUCAACGGCAAGCAGUGGCGGCGGCUGUGCUCCCGCGACGGCUGCACCAAGGAGUCGCAGCGGCGCGGCUUCUGCUCCCGCCACCUCUCCAUGCGCACCAAGGAGCUCGAGGGGCUCCCCGAGGCCCGCGCGGGACCCCCGGGACCCCCGAGCCAACGCGGCGGCAGCGCCGACUUCGAGUGGGGCGACGAGACCUCCCGCGAGAGCGACGGCGACGGCCGCGCCCGGCUCCCGGUCCCGCCCAACCCGGACCUGUCGCGCUUCGAGUUCGACGAGUGCGAGGCCGCCGUGAUGCUCGUGUCGCUGGGCUCGUCGCGCUCGGGCACGCCCAGCUUCUCGCCGGCCUCCACGCAGUCGCCCUUCUCGCCCACGCCCUCGCCCUCGCCCUCGCCGCUCUUCGGGUUCCGCCCGGCCAAUUUCAGCCCGGUCACCGCCUCGCCCCGCGCCCGCGGGCGGCACCUGAGCGCCGGGACGCCUCGGCCCGGCGAAGGGCUGAGCCCGCCGCCUCCUCCUCCUCCUCCGCCUCCCCCGCCGCCUCCUCCCCGCCCGCGGCCGCCGUCCGGUGUGCCGCCGGUGUUCCAGCCCGGGCUGCCCUUCCCGGUGCCGCUGAGCCCCGGUAAGCGCAAGGCGGAGGCGGCGCUGGCGGAGCCGCAGGACGGCGCGGGCGGAGGAGGAGGAGGAGGAAGCAGCGGGGCUAGCGGCGGCGGGAUGUUCCGAGCCCUGUCGCCUCUGUUCGCCCCCCGCUCGCCCGCGGGGCUCACGGCAGACCCCGGCCCCGGCGCCCGCCGGGUCCCGGCCGUGCCUCGCGGCUCGCCCGUGAUCGUCCGCAACCCCGAGGUGCCCCUGCCCGACCCCCCGCACCCCCCUCCGCGACCCCGCCCGCUGCCCCCUCCCCAAAAAUCCGCCCUGCCCGCCCCCGUGCCCAUCAACGCCGGCCGCCUGCGACCCCCCGGCCGCCCCCAGGCGACCCCGGCCGCCGCCGCCGCCGAGCGCGGGGCUCCCCCCGCCGCCCCCGCCGCCGCCGCCGCCGCCGCUUUCGGGGGGCCCCCCCUGCACCCCGUGGCUUUCCACCCCUCCCCCGCCGCGCUGCUGCCGCUGCUCGUGCCCGGAGACUACGGGACCCCCCCGGCCCCCCGCAAGGAGAUCGUCAUGGGCCGGCCCGGCACAGUCUGGACCAACGUGGAGCCGCGCUCGGUGCCGGUGUUCCCCUGGCACUCGCUGGUGCCGUUCCUGGCCCCGAGCCAGCCCGACGCCGCCCCGCACCCCCCGGCCGGCCUGCAGCCCGUCAGCCACCUGCCCGCCGCCGCGCCCAGCAAAGAGCCCCCCGAGUCGGCCGCGGUGGCCCCCGAGCCGGGGGGGCCGGGCCAGGAGCCCGGGCGCUGCGGGGGGGCCACGCGCCCGCCCAGCCCCCCCCCCGCCGCCCCCCCGGCCCCGCCCCCCGCGGCCACGGCCCCGCCCCCCGAGGAGGAACCGCCCGGGGGGGGCGCCCGGCCGGACAGCGAGACAGAGAGUGACCACGACGACGCGUUCCUGUCGUCCAUCGUGGCCCCGGAGCUGCCGCUGCCGCUGGGCCCCGGCAAGCGCCGGACGCAGUCGCUGAGCGCGCUGCCCAAGGAGGGCGACAAGGACGGGCGCAGCCCCAGCAAGCGGGAGAAGGACCACAUCCGGCGGCCCAUGAACGCCUUCAUGAUCUUCAGCAAGCGGCACCGGGCGCUGGUGCACCAGCGGCACCCGAACCAGGACAACCGCACGGUCAGCAAGAUCCUGGGCGAGUGGUGGUACGCCCUGGGGCCCCGGGAGAAGCAGCAGUACCACGACCUGGCCUUCCAGGAGAAGCAGCAGUACCACGACCUGGCCUUCCAGGUGAGCCCCGGGGGUCCCAGGGGUUUUGGGGGUCCAUGGUACGCCCUGGGGCCCCGGGAGAAGCAGCAGUACCACGACCUGGCCUUCCAGGUGAGGUUCGGGGUGGAUUUCAGGGGUUUUGGGGGUCCAUGGUACGCCCUGGGGCCCCGGGAGAAGCAGCAGUACCACGACCUGGCCUUCCAGGAGAAGCAGCAGUACCAUGACCUGGCCUUCCAGGUGAGCCCUGGGGGGUCCCAGUUUGGGGGUCCAUGGUACGCCCUGGGGCCCCAGGAGAAGCAGCAGUACCAUGACCUGGCCUUCCAGGUGAAAGAGGCGCAUUUCAAAGCCCACCCGGACUGGAAAUGGUGCAACAAAGACCGGAAGAAAUCCAGCUCGGAUGGGGGGAGGGGCCCGGGGGGCUCCGGGGGGGUCCCCAAAGAACCCCGCGAGCGCAGCGCCUCCGAGAGCGGCCCCCCCGCCCCUCCCCCAGGUGCCGCCGACCCCCCCGAGGCCAAGGGGGGGGUCCCGGGGGGUCCCGGGGAGCCGCGGGGCCCCGCGGGGGGAGGGGCGGCGCAGCCCCCCCCGCCCCGCCCCCGCGCCUUCUCGCACAGCGGGGUGGGGGGGGGCGACCCCCGAGGGCCCCCCCUGCACGAGCUCAGCCAGCUCUGCGCGGGCCCGGCUCCGUUCGGGGGUCCCAAAGGGGGCGCGGGUGGGGGAGGGGCGGCUCCCUACGCGCCCCCCCCGGGCCGCGCCCCUCCCCCACGGCCCCCCCGGGCCCCGCCCCGCCCCCCGCGCUCGGCGCAGAGCGAGGAGAUGACGAGCGACGAGGAGCGGAUGGUGAUCUGCGAGGAGGAGGGCGACGAUGACGUCAUCGCAGACGAUGGGUUCGCCCCUCCCCCACCCGACAUCGACCUGAAGUGCAAGGAGAGAGUGAGCGACAGCGAGAGCGAGGGGGAGGGGAACCAGGCCCCGCCCCCCCGGAGGCUGUUCCCGCCGGCGCCCCGCCCCCCCCCGGAGCUGGAGCCCCCCCCGGGCCCCCCCGAGCCGCCCCCCGGCCCCUCCCCCUACAAGGGGCCGCCCCCGCCCCCCCCAAACGCUUCGAGGGGGCCCCCGCGCCCCCCCCCCCCCGCCGCAAACGGGCCGAGAGCGCCGAGGGGGGGGGAGGGGCGGGGGGCGGCCCCCCCCCCGCUGCGCCCCGCGCCCGCCCCUCCCCCCCGCCCCUCCGCGCCCCCCCGAGCCCAAGGCCCAAAUCCCUCCCCCCCCCCCCGCGGGGGGAGGGGCGGGGGGGGGAGGGGUCGUGGCCAACCUGGUGCUGGGGGGGGGCUGCGGCGCGGGGGGGGGCGGGGGGGGGCCGGGACCCCCCCCCUCGGUGGCGCUGCUGCCCCCCCACCCCCACCCCCACCCCCACCCCCCCGUGCAGCUCCUGGCGCAGCCCCCGGGUGGGGGAGGGGCGGCGGCGGCGGGGGGGGCUGUGGGGGGAGGUGGGGGAGGGGCGGGGGCCGCGCCCCCCCCCCCUCCCAACGGGCCCCUCCCCCUGGGCAUCACGCAGGUGCAGUACAUCCUGCCCACCCUGCCCCUCCCCCACGGCAAAGGCCCCGCCCCCAGCCCCGCCCCGGCCCCCAACCCCCCCCCCGGGCCCGCCCCUCCCCCCCUGCACUUCGCCCUGCCCCCCCCCCAGAACGGAAAAGCCCCUCCCCCACCCGCGGGGGGCUCCGGAGGCUCCGCCCCCAAAGCCCAGCCCUCCCCCCCGGGCCAGGCCCCUCCCCCCACGCCGCUGCUCCCGGGGAAGGUUCUGGUGCCCGUGGCCCCCCCCGGCCCCGCCCUGACGCCCUUCGGCCCCCCCGGCGCCGCCCCUCCCCCCGGCAAGAUCAUCCAGCUCAGCCCGGUGCCGCUGGUGCCCCCCGGCAGCCCCGGGGGGGGAGGGGUGGGCGUGGGGGCGACCCCCGCCCCUCCCCCCAAGGUGCUGCUGCCCCCCGCCCGCAUCGCCUACGUGCACCCCGCCCCUCCCCCCGCCCAGCCCCCCCCGUGCUCGGCUUCACCGCCCUCGGCCCGGGGGGGGCGCUGGUGCAGCCCCUGCUGCCCGGUGAGUGCUGGGGGGGG